AUGUUCGAGGCUCCAGUGGACUUCUCAUUUAAAGACCUGUGCUCAAUAGAAGAUGUUCUGUCAGAAGAGCCAAACAAGGGAGUGCGCAUACCUUGGAGAAACUCAGAGGGGAAGUUUAAUAGCCGUGUUCUCCGUCUGAACAACAACCUUUUAUCGAACACGACCGGACUUCUGGAGACGCUGUCUGCUUUAUUCAUUGAGCCAAAACGACUCUCAUGGCUCGACCUGUCCUUCAACGACAUCACACACAUUCACCCGGUCCUCACUGAGCUGGUGGAGUUGCGUGUGUUGUAUCUCCAUGGCAACUCUGUGUGUAAUUUCUCAGAGGUGGACAAGCUUGGAGCAUUACCGCUCCUGCACACCAUCACACUACACGGAAACAGCAUCGAGACUGACCAUGGCUACAGAAAAUAUGUGAUCUCCGUCCUUCCUCAUCUGAAGAUGAUGGACUUCAGUGCAGUCACCAAACAAGAGCGAGUCAUGGCUUCCAUCUGGCACAAGCCCAGGAGGAGCCGGAACCCCACCCAUCGCAGGACAGAAAACAUUUAGAGGAAGACUUCUGGAUUUUGCAUU